GCGCCCCUGGUCCUUGCGCUAGGUGGUCUCGCCUUACCGCCGGGUGGGAGCAUCGGGAUUCGAAGGUGUGAUCUGUCCUCAGCCAUGGCGGCUCACGGGAAGUUGCGGCGGGAGCGGGGGCUGCAGGCCGAAUAUGAGGCACAAGUCAAAGGGAUGCGUGGGCAGUUGAGUGAGCAGCUCCGGUGCCUGGAGCUUCAGGGAGAGCUUCGGCGGGAUUUGCUGCAGGAGCUAGCUGAGUUCAUGCGGCGCAGGGCAGAGGUGGAGAUGGAGUACUCUCGGGGUCUGGACAAGUUGGCUGAACGCUUCGCCAGCCGCAGUGGUCGCCUGGGGGGCAGCAGCCAGGAGCAGCAAAGCUUCCGGAAGGAGCCGACUCUCCUGUCACCCUUGCACUGCUGGGCUGUGCUGCUGGAGCACACGCGGCUCCAGAGUCGGGAAAGUGCUGCCCUCAGUGAGAUGAUGGCUGGGCCCCUAGCUCAGCGACUGAGUCACAUUGCUGAGGAUGUGGGACGCAUCGUCAAAAAGAGUAAGGACCUGGUGCAGCAACUGCAAGAUGAGCUCCUGGAGGUGGUCUCAGAACUCCAGACAACCAAGAAGACAUAUCAUGUGUACCACUUGGAGAGCAUGAAUGCUGAGACCAAACUCCGGGAAGCUGAACGGCAGGAGGAGAAGCGGUCAGGUCGGAGUGCCUUGCCUACCACCACCGCUGCCUCUGCCACCGCAGUGACUACUAUUAGCACCACUACUACCACUGAGACAGGGGCCGUCCGAAAGAGCUCUCUCAAGAAAGGAGGGCGGCAAGUGGAAAAGCGUCAGGCCAAGUUUUUGGAGCAGAAACUUAAAUGUACCAAGGCCCGAAAUGAGUACCUGCUCAACCUGGCCAGUGUCAAUGCCGCUGUCAGCAAUUACUACUCACACGAUAUCAUGGAUCUUAUUGAUUGCUGUGACACAGGUUUCCACUUGGCCCUGGGACAGGCCCUCCGGAGCUACACAGCUGCUGAGAGCCGCACCCAAGCCUCCCAGAUGCAGGGCUUAGGCAGCCUGGAAGAGGCUGUGGAGGCACUGGAUCCUCCAGGGGACAAGGCUAAGGUGCUUGAGGUUCAUGCCACAGCCUUCUGUCUCCCUCAGCGUUUUGACUACCAACCCCAUGAAGGUGAUGAGGUGGCUGAGAUCCAGGUUGAGAUGGAACUUCGGGAUGAGAUUUUGCCCAGAGCUCAAAACAUCCAGAGUCGCCUGGACCAAAAGACCAUCGAGAUAGAAGAGGUGAAUAAGACACUGAAGGCAACAAUUCAGGCUCUGCUAGAGGUGGUGGCAUCAGAGGAUGGGGACAUGCUGGACUCGUUGCAGGCUAGCCCCUCUACUGAAUCCCUCAAGUCUACAAGCUCAGACCCAGGCACCCGGCAGGCAGGCCGCAGAAGAAGCCAGCAGCAGGAGACAGAGACCUUCUAUAUUACGAAGCUACAGGAAUAUCUAAGUGGCCGGAGUAUCCUUGCCAAGCUGCAGGCCAAGCAUGAAAAGCUGCAAGAGGCCAUUCAGCGAGGUAAUAAGGAAGAGCAAGAGACAUCUUGGACCCAGUGCACAGAGAGAAAAUUCCAUAAGAGCCACUACCCCCAACCUAGCUCCCAGUGUAACCAGAGACUUUUUGGAGGUGACCUGGAGAAGUUCAUUCAGAGCUCAGGCCGACCUGUGCCACCUGUGGUGGAGAGCUGUAUCCGCUUCAUUAACCUCAAUGGCCUGCAGCAUGAAGGCAUUUUCCGGGUAUCAGGUGCCCAGGCCCGAAUCUCGGAGAUCCGAGAUGCAUUUGAAAGAGGGGAGGACCCUCUGGUAGAAGGCUGUACCACUCAUGACCUAGACUCAGUGGCUGGAGUCCUGAAGCUGUACUUCCGGAGCCUGGAGCCCCCACUCUUCCCCUUGGAUAUGUUUAAUGAGUUGCUGGCUUCAGCAGAACUGGAAGUCGUGGGGGACCGGGUGGAGCCUGUGAGCCAUCUGCUGUCCAAACUGCCCAGACCUGUGCUAGUGGUCCUGCGAUAUCUCUUCACCUUCCUCAACCACCUGGCCCAGUACAGCGAUGAGAACAUGAUGGACUCCUACAACCUGGCUGUAUGCUUUGGGCCCACGCUGUUGCCUGUGCCUUCUGGGCAGGACCCUGUAGCCUUGCAGGGCAGGGUGAACCAGCUAGUGCAGACUCUUAUCCUGCACCCAGCACGAGUUUUCCCAACCCUGGCCAUGCUGCCAGGCCCCAUUUAUGAGAAGUGCAUGGCACCACCUUCUGCCAGCUGCCUGGGGGACGGCCAGUUAGAGAGCCUCACUGGGGAGCCAGAGCUGGAGUUGGAAGCUGGUACCACAGCUCAGGAGGAUGACUCAGAAGGAGCUGUGGAGGCAGUGGCCUGCUUUUCCUAUACUGGCCGCACAGCCCAGGAACUGACAUUUCAGCGAGGGGAUGUGCUACAACUGUAUGCUCGGGCAUCGAGUGAUUGGUGGCGAGGAGAGCAUGCUGGUGUGAGGGGACUCAUUCCUCAUAAGUAUAUCACACUUCCUGAGGGGCUGGAACCACGCACCCCGCCUGAGGCUAUGGGUCCCUCUGGGCACAGGCGACACUGUUUGGUCCCCACCUCUCCUGAGCAACAUGUGGAAAUGGAUAAGGCUGUGGCGCAGAACAUGGACUCGGUAUUUAAGGAGCUCUUGGGAAAGGCAGCUGUCCGCCAGGUCUACGGGUUAUCAUCUACAGCCUCCCCCAGUCUAGGAACCCCAAACCAGAAGCCCCCGGCCUGCAGCAUCUUCAGCAAAAACAAAGUCUUCUCCCGGGGACCCAGGGCUCCAGUUUCCCCCUCAGACCCCCAUCCCCAGGAUCCAGAUUCAACUCACAAGCUACUCUGAGACCCGUUACCUCCAGUGAUCCUCCCGCCCCACCCCAGCUCCAGGCCUAACGCCUCACUUCGGCCAUAUUCUAGGCCUUUGAGAGGUAGCAAAGGAAGGAGGCUGGAGACAAGCCUUCUGUGCCUUUGCUUGGAAGCCUUGGGCUGUAUCUGUGGAAAAAGCAAGUGGCAGCGAUUCAUAAAGACCCAUG